GACAGUGAGGCAUCAUAAAGGCAUCUACAGCCUCCACUGGCUGCAUUGCAGAGCAGCGUUUCCUGUUCCUCAGAGCUCAACCGAAGAUAAACACCACAGGCGAGCCCAACGAAAACGGCGCAGUCAUGCUGUUUUUAGCUCUUUUUUUCGCGUCUGCAGCUGUUGCGACCCCCCUGCUGGGCACAGAGCAGUGUGCUCGUGGCCCCCCCUACUGGUGUCAGAAUGUAAAAGCAGCGUCUCUGUGUGGAGCUGUGACUCACUGCCAGCAGAACGUGUGGAACAAGCCCCAAAUGAAAUCAGUGCCAUGUGAUCUGUGCAAAGAGGUGUUAAUAGUGGUGGAACAGGAGCUAAAGGACAAUGCCACUGAGGAUAUGAUUCUUGGGUAUUUGGAGAAAGCCUGUCAGCUCCUCCCUGACCCCAAUCUGAGCGCAGAGUGCAAGGAGUUGGUGGACACUUACUUCCCCAUCAUCAUAGGAAUCAUUCAAGGAGAACUGGAGGAUCCUGGUGUGGCCUGUGGUGCCAUUGGACUUUGUCAGUCUCAGCAGGCAGCCAUGGCAAAGGUUGAGGUCCGGCAGCAGGAGCAGCUCAUGUCCAACGAAAUCCCUCAGAUUGAUCUUUCCCACAGAGUUGCUCCAUUCCUCCUCAAUGUUCCUCAGCUGCUUUAUCCUCAGGAGAAACCAAAACAGGAAGCUGCUCAGGGAGACAGUGUUGUAUGCCAGGACUGUGUCAAGUUUUUGACUGAUGCACAGUCUGAAGCCAAGACUAACAGCUCAUUUGUUAACGAUCUCAUUGAGAAGAUCGAGAGCCAAUGUGACGACCUUGGCCCAGGCAUGGCUGACCUUUGCAAGCAGUACGUCUCUCAGUACGCCCCGCUUCUCGUUGAGCAGCUCAUGUCCAUGGAACAGCAACCCAAAGAAAUCUGUGUCAAUGCUGGCUUCUGUGAUGCUGUGAAGGAAUCCAUCCCCAUGAUGAAGCUGCAGGCUGCAAAGAUGCUUCCUGCUGUUAAGCUUGUGCCUGCCACAAAAAUGGAGUCUGCUAAGCCCCUGGUGCGGGUGCGUGAUUCCCCGACGUGUGCCAUCUGUGAGUUUGUGAUGAAGCAGCUGGAGGCCAUGCUGAAGGAUCAGACUACAGAGGAGGAGGUGAUUCAGACAGUGGAGAAGGUGUGCACCUACCUGCCCUCCACCCUCAGUGCCGAGUGUAAGGACCUGAUUGAAACGUACGGCCAAGCCAUCAUUGAGCUGCUGGUGCAGGAGGCCGACCCCAAAACAGUCUGCAGUGUGUUGGCUCUCUGCAAGGAAGCUCAUCGCGCUUUUAUCCCUGUUCUGGAUCAAACCCGCUUCAAGGUUGGAGGUUACUGUGAGGUGUGCAAGACGGCUGUCGCCUACAUCGAUGAAAUCCUGGAGAAGAAUGCCACUGAAAAGCAGAUCCAGGAGGCUGUGAGGAAAGUCUGCAGCUUCCUGCCUGACUCUGUACAGACGGAGUGCGACCAGCUGGUUGAACAGUAUGAGCCAAUGAUGAUUCAGCUGCUGCUCCAGAUGCUUGACCCUGAUUUUGUCUGCACGAAAUUGGGAGCAUGUUCUGAAGCACAACAGAGGCUGUUGGGAACAGAGCAGUGCAGCUGGGGACCUGCCUACUGGUGCAAGAACAGACUGACAGCAACUCAGUGCAACGCUGUGGCUCACUGCAAACGCUUUGUGUGGGUAUAGAAGAUGGCCAUCGCACACUGAUGUGUAAGAGAACUAAAAAAAAUUAAAAAGAAAAUUGAUAGUGCUGCUUCUCAGUUUUAAUUUCUUGUCCAUUUUUUCCUUUUAAAAUGAUUAUUCCACUUGGUUUAAAUCGAUUCACUGGAAGAGCUUAACAGUGGGGGAGAGGAGGCAGAGAAGACCGUUUGUAAAUAUAUGUAUAAUUAAUUUUCAAUUCCAUGUAGCACAUGCUUGGUGUCUGUCAGUACACUGAUUUUAGGCUGAACAUGUUGACAAAAAGUUUUCUGUUUGUUCAUUUGCUGCCACUGACGAGUGUUUGAGACUCAUUAUUAGAAUAGUUUGUGAAGAGAAAUCGUAUCAAAGUCUUCAGUUAGUGUAACGAUUUUUUUUUUUUUUUUUUUAGUCCUUUAGACCUGAUUUUCAGUUUUUUCAUAUUGGUUACCUCCAGUUGUUUGCACUCUGCCUGCUUAAAAAAUCAUUGUCUCUAAUCGAACAGAAAAGCAGCUCAAAAUGGUUUUAAAUUCUCUGCCAACUGUCAGUUGAUCUGUACAUUUUUAACAAUUAAAGUUUUCAAACAUC